GAGAUGUUGGUCAACAGCUCCUAUGUCGAUGAGAAGAAUGCCGAGGGCAUUGAUGAUGCCAAGGUUGACGAGAAGAAGGCCAUGGAGGAUGUCAAGACUGAUGCUUAGACAUGGAUAGUUACUCCCACUUUGCAGACCUCCUCAUAAAGGGCUGUGAACAUGCUUCAGAAACACCAAUAAAACAAACUAUCCACCAAAUGAUGUCGAAACCGUAGAGGGUUCGGUUCUGAAGAUAAUUACAGCAGGAUUGGGUCACAAAAUGCAACGUUAUUUUUUCUCCCCACACCUUUUCGGACUCAACCAAACCAAAUCAACGAUUAGCAUCAUGAACGACCAGGACAUGAGCGAAGCCUUUGACUUUAAGGCUCUCAGUCUCGAGGAACCAGAGGAGCGACUGCAAAAGACCUUUGAGCAUUCCUUCCAUCUUGACACAAUUGAGGACCGGAAUGCUGAUUUACAAACCGCGAUUUCACAUGGAGAACAGCACCUAGUCAAAGAGUCCUCGACAUCAAUCGGAAUAGAUAAGCAAAACAAUGAUGACCCCUCAGCAACUAUUGCGACUCAGACACCCGACAAUGGGCCCUGGGCUAAGUUACCCUCGCCUAGUGAGGUGAACCCUUACCAGCCCGGAAUCACUGCCCAGAAGCUCGACGCUAUGGCCAUGAAUCCCAACCACGUCUUCAGAUCUGCUCAAACACCUGACCCAUUCCCGUUCACGCUUCCACCAAAUCUUCCGCCUUCAGAUAUCGCGCCAGAAGCACGCAAAUCGACUCCAGGGACGAGGGUCGCUGAAGGAAACGACAACAAGGACGAGUCAAUGAGUACGGGCCAGGACGCCAAGGCAGAGAUUCCAGCAUGGAUGUUGGAGGACCCAAAGUUAACACGACAGUCAGGAUGGGGCCCUACGGAUACCUCAGACGUAUCGUUUGGCUGGCCCUCUGACCAUGACUUAGCAACUGUAGUAGACUCGAACAUGUUGUUUGGCUUUUCGUCGUAUCCUACGUACGAGACGUUACCCAUCUCAAGUACGAUUGCAGAGGAACAGUACCGUCGAUCGAACGGGCAAGGAUCAUCGUCAAGCGACUCUUUAACAGAUAUGCAAGACGGCGGUUUUGCCAAAUAUGGACAAGCGGCGACCUUUACAGGAGCCUCUGAUGCUGGGGCAAGUGGCCAUAGGACUUUGUGGGGCGGUCAGGAGUCAGCAGCGAGUACAGCCUUGCCAUCAUCAAACCAGCAGCAAUGGCAGAACUGGCGAUCAGAAUCACAGUCCUUCCAGGACCAUGAUCUGGAUUUGAACUAUGAUAUUCCCGAGGAUGAAAGCUCCCAGAUCAAAGCAACUCCAGGUUUUGCGCCAGCACAGUUCAGGCACGAUUAGAAUUGACAAGAAACGCCAGACACAAUUCCUUUUUUGUAUAUUACGCCAUAAACUUACUCCAUGCUUUGCGUGUCAAUAAUUGGACCUUCGAGCUUGAUACGCUUUACAAAACAACCAUUAAACUCCUAGAAUUGUUGUAUUGAUUUGGAUGAGCGCUUAUAUUGUACAAUGUUCAGCUGAUAGUUUUAGUGUUCCAAGUUCU